AGAGAGAGAGAGAUUUUUGUACUUCUAUAUAUGGUACAAAGCUUCCAAGCUCUGAUUAAAACUUUAUCCCAAACCACUGAAACCAGCCAUUUCUCUUCCUCCAAAGACAUGGCCAAACUUAGUCUUUCCUUGCUAAUUAUACUUUUCUUCUUCCACUACAUCACCGGCAUGGCAGAAUCUGCAGUUCCCCAAAAUCCCAGCGCCACAGACUUCAUCAAGGUCUCAUGCAGAGCCACUCUCUAUCCUGCUGUGUGUGUUCACUGUCUGUCAACUUUCGCCGACAAAAUACAGCAAAAUGAGCGUGAACUGGCUCAAGCCGCCUUAUCAGUGAGCUUAGCCAGGGCUCGAUCCACAGCUAUGUUCGUUUCCAAGAUGUUCAAAGCUUCAGGACUCAACCCUAGAGUCUAUCAAGCUGUGAGAGACUGCGUUGACAACAUGGGUGAUUCUGUGGAUCAGCUCCGCAGAUCAGCCAAGGAGCUCAGCGACAUGGGUCGGGUCAGUGGGCAGGACUUCAUGUGGCAUGCGAGCAACGUACAAACGUGGGUUAGUGCUGCUCUUACUGACGAAAACACUUGCCUUGAUGGCUUUUCUGGUCAUGCCAUGGAUGGAAAUGUGAAGGCUGCUAUUAAGAAGAAGGUAGUUUAUGUUGGGAAGGUCACUAGUAAUGCACUGGCUUUGGUCAAUCGCUUUGCUGCCAGGCAUAGAGCUGGUGCAGCCACCAGUAGUGUGCCAUAGAUUUGGUUUUGGAAGGUCUCAGCAUGCUGGUUUGUUUGUAAAUGGUGAAGUGUUUUUAAGUGUUAGUCUUUAAGUUCAGUUUUGGUUAUUAUCUUGUGUAAAUAGGUAUUGUGGUUGGAUCAAUUUUGUAGUUGUUAAAGACACCAAAAUGUAUCAUAUUUAGUUUUUCAGUAAAUGUUAAUUAACGAUGUGUCUUAAGGGUUUGUACUUGUCUCUUCUUCUUACCCACUUCAGGGUUGUCAUGUAUAAUAUCUGGUACUAAGCUUCUCGCUCUCUGUCUCAAUGUAUGUGUGUGAUUUGUAAGCUAACUCAAACUUCUAAUCCAACAUGCUAUUGAGAUUUAGGUUGAUAAUGAAGCAUGUCGAGAUUAAGAUUGACAAUAUAUUGUGCCGAUCAGUAUUUGUUUGAUUUAUG